CACAGUUCCCACGACAAUCACAUCUAGGGGAAAGACUAUGCUCGUCUUCUUCUUCUUCUUCUUCCCUAUAAUUCCGUGACCCUCUUGGGAUUCAUCAACCUGAAGAAAUGAGUUCUUUCUUCACCAUCUCCCUCUCCUUCCUCCUCCUCUUCUUCUUCAUCAAUUUACGGAGCACUGAAUCAGCAGCACCAACUUACCUAUAUAACUACUGCUCAAACGCCACCCGCUUCGCUCCCAACUCCACCUACCAAUCCAACCUCAACAAGCUCCUCUCUUCCCUCUCCUCCGCCGCCGCCGCUGCCAACAACACCAACGGCUUCGCCAACGCCACCGCCGGCCAAAACCCUCCUGAUCGGGCCUACGGCCUCUUCCUCUGCCGCGCGGACGUCAGCGCCUCCACGUGCAGCGACUGCGUGGCCGCCGGAACGCAGGACAUCCUCCAGAGAUGCCCCAACCAGCGAGUCUCCGUGAUCUGGUACGACGAGUGCAUGCUGCGGUACUCCAACCAGUCCAUCUACUCCGUCAUGGAUACAGUGCCUUCCCUCAUGAUGUACAACACCGGGAACAUCUCCGAUCCUACUCGGUUCGCGCAAAUCCUGGGAGACACCAUGGACGACAUCGUGGCGAGGGCCUCCGGUGACGAGUCGGGCAAGAAAGCGGCGACCGCUGAGGCGAACUUCACGAGCUUGCAGAAGCUGUACACCCUCGCGCAGUGCACGCCGGACUUGACGGCGUCGGACUGCAACACGUGCCUCCAGUCGGUUAAAUCGAACCUCCCCUCGGGUAAGCAAGGUGGGAGGGACUUCUCGCCGAGCUGCAGCGUGAGGUUCGAGCUGUACCCCUUUUAUAAUGCCUCGGCCGUGGCGGCCCCACCCCCUCCGCCGUCCCAGAUCCCGCCUCCUCCUCCUGCUCCGGUGACCAGACCUAAAGGCAAAAGCAAUAAAACUACUGUGAUAAUCAUCGCCGUCGCUGUUCCUGUUGGCGUAGCCGUGGUGCUUCUCUUCCUCGCUUGUUGUUUCAGGCGGAGGAAAGCGGCCAAGACUUACGAAGUCGCCCAAGGAGAUGAAAGUGGGGUAGGCGACAUUACAGACGUCGAGUCCUUGCAGUACGAUUUGGCCACCAUACAAGCCGCCACGGACAACUUCUCUCAUCAAAACAAGUUGGGCGAGGGCGGAUUUGGUGAAGUUUUCCAGGGUCAGCUUCUGAAUGGACAAGAAAUAGCUGUGAAGAGGCUAUCUGAAGGCUCAGGACAGGGAGUAGGAGAAUUCAAGAACGAGGUUGUCCUGCUCGCGAAGCUUCAACAUCGAAACCUCGUGCGGCUGCUUGGGUUUUGCUUGGAGGGAGAAGAGAAGAUACUUGUCUACGAGUUUGUGCCGAACAAAAGUCUCGACUACUUUCUAUUUGAUCCUGAUAAGAGAAGGCAGUUGGAUUGGUCAAGGCGUUACAAGAUAAUAUCUGGAAUCGCUCGAGGAAUGCUCUAUCUGCACGAAGAUUCUAGGCUCCGGAUCAUUCAUCGUGAUCUAAAACCGAGCAACAUCCUGUUGGACAGUGAAAUGAACCCGAAGAUUUCAGAUUUCGGCAUGGCUAGGAUUUUCGGAGUUGAUCAAACUCGGGCAAAAACUAAUAAAAUCGUGGGGACCUUUGGUUACUUGUCUCCUGAGUAUGCAAUGCGUGGGCAAAUCUCAGUGAAGUCCGAUGUCUAUAGCUUCGGUGUCCUAAUCCUCGAGAUCAUUACUGGCAAGAAGAACAGCUGCUCUUUCCAAUCAGACGGGGGCGAAAAUCUCACCGGUUAUGCGUGGAAGCAUUGGAGAGCUGGAACACCGCUCGAAGUGUUAGAUCCAUCCAUUGGCGACUCAUGUUCGAUGGAUGAAGUGAUUCGAUGCCUCCACAUUGGUUUACUAGGUGUUCAGGAAGAUCCAGCUGAUAGACCCACCAUGGCAAGCAUAGUCCUUAUGUUGAGCAGCCACUCUGUCAAGCUUCCACAGCCCCGACGACCGGCCUUCUUCCUCCAGAAGAGCAUGGAGAGACAGUUGAAGGAGCUCAAGUCGGGCGAAUCCACCGGCGGGUCUAUGCCGUGGUCGAUUAAUGAAAUGUCGGUCACCGAGGUGUCCCCUCGGUGAAUUGUGACUCGAGGGGAAGUCCUUCAUACAGAGACCUUGAGAUCCUUGGCCUUCCACAAGGAUCAUUAAUGAACAAUCAACAAGCACCUACGAAAGACAAGAUUAUUCAUAUAAAAUCAUGAUUUUCCAUGGGCACAAAGCCGUCAUCUCCACUUCGCACGAUCAUAUU